AUGGGUAGGCGACAAUUUUUUGCACAGCGAGACGAGUUCGCCAAGAAGAAGCGCCGUGAGCGGUUGGAGAAGAGCGGAUAUGUCUUCGGAGCACAUGCACAUGAAGAUGCGAUUCGAGACAAAGACAAGAGGAUCGAAAAGACCAAGAGGAUGUACAAGGAACACGCUGAACUAUGGAAGGACCCUCCGAGUCAUAAGCUUAUCAAGGAGUUUGUGCGUUGGUACAUUCAUUCCGCCCAAGGACGACUCAGUAAGAAUGGACGACCAGUAGCAAAAUCUGUGGUGUCGUUCGCGGAGCGAUUUUUUGGUGGCCUCGAAGAGGAGAGACAAAUGAGCGUUGCUCUGGAGGAUCGGAAGGAAAUAUUUAAUUGGAUCAAGAGGUCAUUGACAGCAGAAGGCAUCAUUGAAAAUAUCGAGUCCCCAAACCAUUCCUUUGCCAGGAAAGAUUUCCUCAGAACGGUUGCAUCUCUGUGGCAGACAGAUCAUCGCCGCUUCAUACCAGGGUUGCUCAAGGUCAUCAUCUUAUUUACUCUCCAGCUGUACCUCUUCACCGGAGCAAGAAUCGGAGCUGUC